GCUGUCAGUCAUGCUGUGACGUCACGCCGGUAUUGUGUUUGAGGAAGCGCGAGAAACCGCAUCAAACCCAGAACAUAUUUGACUUUAUAAAUCAGAUCGACACCACCGAGGAGUUUAAUGUGACUGCAGUUAAACUAUACGCUUUCCGACGUCCCGAGCAGAAAGUGAAGAAAGUGACUGCCACAAGUGCACCUCAGGAUGCAGGUCAGCGGUUAUCUGUGCGCUCUCAUCGCCUGUAGUGGAUUAACCCUGUCUGUGUCGACCGGAAACCAAACAGGACUGGAGUCUGGAAACACCGCGCCGCCGCUCCUCCUGGUGUCGUUUGAUGGCUUUCGUGCAGACUACCUAAACAAAUACUCUUUUCCCAAUCUCGAGAAGUUCUUCUCCGAUGGCGUCCUUGUGCGCGAGCUGACCAAUGUGUUCACGACGAAAACCUUUCCCAAUCAUUACAGUCUCGUCACAGGCCUGUACGCAGAGAGCCACGGGAUACUUGCCAGUGUUAUGUACGACCCGGUGUCGAAAAAGAAUUUCUCUAUUCAAAAUGACAGUGACCCUUUCUGGUGGAACGAAGCCACUCCGAUUUGGGUGUCCGUGGAGGAGUCUGGAUAUAAGGCAGCGGCUGCUAUGUGGCCAGGAACGGAUGUCAAUAUUCAAAACCACACGUUAAAAUACAAAUUCGAGUACAACCCCAAGGUGACUUUCCAAGAAAGGCUGGGAAACCUCACACAGUGGAUGACCACGGACAAAUCUGUGAAGUUUGCCGCUCUGUAUUGGGAAGAGCCCGACCGGAGCGGACACAUGUACGGCCCGGAGAACACCACAGAGAUGAGCAGGGUUUUAAAGGAAGUGGAUGGUCAUAUAGGCUUCCUGAUGGAGCAGCUCAACAAAACGGGAUUAUGGGGGAAAAUAAACGUCAUCAUCACUAGUGAUCACGGCAUGGCCCAGUGUUCUCAAGAGCGUCUCAUUAAACUGGAUGACUGCAUCACUCCGAGCAGCUAUAGGGUGGUGGAUCUCACUCCUGUGGCUGCCAUAAUCCCACUGGAAGGUAAUUCGACUGUAUACAAAAACCUGUCCAUUUGUCACAGUAACAUGAAGGUGUACCUGAAGGACGAUGUUCCCGAUCGGCUGCACUAUAAAAACAACGUAAGGAUUCAGCCAAUCCUUCUGGUGGCAGAUGAAGGCUGGACGAUUGUCAAAAAUGGCAGACUCCCGCGCCUGGGCGAUCAUGGCUAUGACAGUACGUUUCCCAGCAUGCACCCCUUCCUGGCCGCCCAUGGGCCCGCGUUUCGCAAAGGCUACAGGAUGUCGAGCUUUAACAGUGUGGAUCUCUACCCGCUCAUGUGCCACCUCGUGGGCGUCCCUCCGAAGCCCAACAACGGCAGCUUCGCUCACGUGCGCUGUGUGCUAGUUAACGAGCAGUGCGGGGAGCUAGCGCUAGCCGUGGGCCUCGUCAUCGGAGUUCUGAUCAUCCUGACCACCUUCACCUGUCUAUUCAAGCUGAUGAAGAACAGAGAUCCCUCAUCUUCACGUCCGUUCGCCCGCUUGGAGUUAGAGGACGACGCUGAUGACGAGCCGCUGCUGGAAUGAAGCGUGUCAUUAGACGCUGGUACUGUCUUGGAUGGAGAGAUUUGACUCGAUACAAGCACAUGUAGGAUAUGGUAAAGGAAUAGUUCAUCUAAAUGAUGACUGCAUUUUCAUUUUCAGGUGAACUGUUCCUUUAAAUGCUGAAAUGGUGCAGAGAUGACAAUCAUAUUGAAACUGUAAGGGAGGAAUUCAGCAGUUGUGAAGCCAGCAACACACUGAAGGCACAAUAAUGAUGAGUCAACGUUAGUACUAAACAAACAUGACAAAACAUGUCCUCAACAUUAUCAGCAGCUGUUGAGAGAGAAAUACUUUACAAGCAUUUAGUUUCUUAAAGGGAUAGUUCACCCAAAAAUGAAAAUGCUGUCAUUAUUUAA